AUGGCAUUAGAGGAUGAAACGAAAUUGGCUGUGGCAAAUAUCAUUAAGAAAAUGCUCAAGUCCCCUGUUAUAGACUUUUCUAACCGAGUUAUGCAUGACCAAACUGGCCAGCCGAUUAUGGAGUGGGAUGGCAUCUUCAUAUGUUGUAACAAAGUGUUUCUAUGUGAAUCAAAACACAAAAUGACCGAAGAAAAAAUUGCCACGCUUGUUAAAAGGUUAGGGGAAUUUCCAAAUAAACUGGAGGUAACGAAAGAUUUCAAAUUCAAGAAAUUAUUGGGUAUGGAAUGUAUUGGAGUCGCUUGUGCCACACUUUUUCCAGAAGAACUAAGACAGAAGUGUGUGGAUGAACUUGGAUUAGUCGUUGCAUACCGGAGGUGCCGUAUUGUGUCGAAGUACCCGCAAAAAUAUAUGGAUGUAAAUGGUAUAAUUAUUACUAAUAUUUCAUUGUAG